UGUCUUUAAUCAGAGGAACUAUUGUAUUAGUAUGGGGCAGAACCAAGUGUCCUUUAUAGAGGGGUGUCUUUUCAUCAGACGGUCCUUUAUUCAGAGGUUUUCCACAGUAUCCACACCACUGUACUGCAGGUUGGAGCGUUUGUGACUAGAAAGCGUUAGUCUUGCUGUGUUGUGUGUCAUCAUAAUGUGUUGGUGUGGUUAGUGCAAAUAUAGCAGAUAGUGGCGUUUCAUGUUCCUGGACAUUUCCUAUAGUCCCUUCCUUUUAACCCUGUGUGUAUAUAAUAUAUAUAUAAAUAUAUAUAUUAUAUACAUGUCUGGUUGUCUAUGUGUAAUACGAAUAAUGAAAUGAAAGGGUGUCAACUUACAUGCAAUGUUUAUUUGUUCCCAGAUGUCAGGGUUUGGAGAAAAUGGAAGUAGGAACGGCACUGGGGAGGACCAAUCAGAUUCGUCUGAGCCACUCUCGACGGGGGCUCUAAUUGGAAUAUGUGUCGGAGGGGGUGUGGUCUUGCUGACCGUUCUAAUCACAGCUCUCUGUGUGGUGUGCUGCAUUUGGAAGAGGCGGAGACAGAAGUCUGUGGCACUCUACGACCCGGAGGUGUACACGACAGACAACAAGCCCUCCCCUCCCUCCUCCCACCACAGCAGUAUCUCCAGCGCCAUGGCCGCUAGACUCCUCUCUACUGCCAGCUCUAAAGCCAAGAAGAUCCCUCAGCCGAGAGAUUCAGACCUCACGGCGGCCAUAUCUGCAGCUAGCAACAGCAACCCUCUCUACAACUCUUCCUCCAUUGCCUACCUUCCUUCUGGGGCACAAGACGGGAAACAAAAGAUGAUCGCAGAGACACCAUUGUCCGCUGAGGCCCCUCCCAUUAUCUCCGUCUCUUCGCGACGUCAUUCCCUCGGUUAUGUGGAGAUGCAGUCGGCAGGCCCGGCUCGACCGGGGGGGAUCCACGCCAGUCACAGCAUGGAGAACUUCACCGACAGCACCAACUACUCAUCGGUCAGGGACGGCACUGGUUUCAAACUACCUUUUGCCCCACCUUCCUACACUCCCCCCAGAUCGUCCCCGCCCACCUCCUCCCUCCCCACCUCCCGUCACCACUAUCUCCACCCCGACAGACCCCCCGCCCCCUCCCCCCCACACUCACACCCUCACACACCUCCCACCAAGAAACCAAAGCCAACGAAACGAGACGUCCAAGAAGAAGAAGAUCGCGGCGGAGAAGACGAUUACGUCGACCCAAAGCUAUUUCUGGAGGACAAGGAGAGAGUUCAGGAGGAAGAAGAUAGACCGGAGGAUGAGUACGAGGAGAUGAAAGAUCAAACUGACUUCUUCUUCUCCAUCUCUAACACAGCCUACCGCAACAGCACCAUGAGUGAGGACAAUCCUACUGCUGACUCCGCCCACCAACCACACCCAGCAACUGACCACACCUCUUCCUCGCCCACCCAGCCAUUGUACGGGAACAUUCUUCCUCAAGACGAGGGGGAAGAAGGAGGGGGAGGACCCUACAUUUCAGACAGUUACGAACCUGUCAACGAGUUCCUAGGCAACGCACCGGACACAAACGAGCGGGCCACUCUCCUAGCAACCACCGACGGUAGAAAAAUCAGCAGAACCGCGCCGUCUACCCCUAGUAAACACGCUGGUAGUACUGUUUCGACAAAGACAAACAAGAUCACCGCUCAAAAUCUCUCCAGAGGGCUGAAGGAAUCUUAUUCGUUUGGUAGAAAACUGAGUAUGGACGAUCAGUACGUCGAGGUGAUGUCACCCGUGAGAAAGACAAAGUCGUUAAAACCUCGUUCGGCUAGGGUUACUCACGACGACAUCGAUCUCGACGUGCCGGAACUGGAGUAUGAGAACGUGAUUCCCGGAACGACGAUAUGGGGGAAUGAGAACGAGACCGAGAGUGCCGAUAGUUUACACGCAACGGAGGUGCUCUCUGUGGGAGGUCAAGGGUCGUCGCCAGGGGAACGGGAGCAGAAAACAACCAAGAAAUCUCCCUCCCCAACCCCCAAAGCAAAAACCAGCCCUAAACCGAAACCGAAGCCACACCCCUCCCAAUUACCUCAGGGGAAACCUCGCAGCAAAUCACAUGACGCGGCUACCCACACUUCAACACAACCGCAAAUGAGAAUAGUAGUCGGAGGUCAAAGUUCAUCUCAGGAUAGGACUAGGCCACACUUCGAGGAAAUGGUGUUCCCAACCCAUCCCAUUGCCAACGGAAACGUCGUUACCCAUAGCAAUGUUGCCAUGGGCAACGGAGGUGUUGAUAGUCGGUGGAGGUCAACGACUGUGCCAGUGGGAGGGAGUGAGGGUGGGGAGGGGGAGGAGGAGGAGGAGGGAGGGGAGAUGUUGUAUGUCAAUGUGGGUGACAGUAUUGUAGAUGUUGGAGGAGAGGAACUGUAUGAAAAUGUCUCUAGUCAUGAUCAUCUCACUUGAUUGAUUGCCAAUGUAUCUUUAUACCUUGUUUUUGUCUGUUAAUGGGUGUUUAAUAGUGGUGAGCCCUCUAGUGAUUGAUUGUUAGUUCUCCUCAUGCAUGAAGAACUGGAAAAGGAAUGGAGUACGAGAAGGAGGUGUAUAGGUUAGACAUAAACUAAACCGUGGUUGCCCAGGACGA